UAAUAAUCAAAAAGCAAACGUCAAAACAGGCUAAGCUUUUAAAGAUAUUUUGAACUCAAACAUAAGUCAAAGAAUUUUCUCUCGACGAAAAUAAAAUGCAGCAAACAAGCGAAAAAGAGGAGCCUCCUCCAGCUCAGGGACUUUCUCCAACUGAGGAGAGUGCAGUGGCGGGAAAGGAAAAAGGAGCGGAAGAUGGCAUAGUGGUUGCCCUAAACACCGAAAUGCGCACUCGUCGCAUAAGAAUCAACAAAUGGCGCGUUCAUGAGGGACAAAAUGUGGCACCAGCUCAAAUACUAUUCCUCUACCAGGAGGUCGCCGACGAUGAUGAUGAUGCGGAUCUGGAUGAGGACGGCAAUGGCAAAGGAAAGUCUGCAGACUUACAGAAAUACAAGUCGACGCGUGCCGGUGUGGUCAGAAAAAGGCUAUGCAAGGAGCAUGAUGUUGUGUUGAAUGGAGAUGCAUUGCUGGAGUUAUCCGAGUGUCUGCACAACACCGUAAUGAGGGACAUGUGCGCCGAUUGUGGAGCCGAUCUGCGACAGAAUGACAAUGCUCAAAUGUCAGAAGCAUCGGUUCCUAUGGUUCACACCAUGCCCGACCUUAAGGUCACCCAGAAAUUGGCUCAGAAGCUGGGACAUGACGAUACCCGUCGCUUGUUAAACGAUCGCAAAUUGGUGCUACUGGUUGAUCUCGAUCAGACAAUAAUACACACGACCAAUGACCCGGUGCCGGAAAACAUAAAGGGGAUUCAUCAUUUCCAGCUCUAUGGGUCACAGUCGCCAUGGUACCACACAUGUCUUCGACCAGGCACCACUCAAUUUUUGGAGCGCAUGUCGCAGAUGUAUGAGCUGCAUAUAUGCACGUUUGGUGCUCGUAAAUAUGCCCAUAUGAUUGCCCAGCUCAUCGAUCCUGAGGGUAAAUUAUUCUCGCAUCGGAUUCUGUCGCGGGACGAAUGCUUUAAUGCCACCAGCAAAAUGGAUAAUCUAAAAGCCCUUUUUCCUAAUGGUGAUAAGAUGGUCUGCAUCAUUGAUGAUCGGGAGGAUGUGUGGAAUAUGGCAACAAACUUAAUUCAAGUGAAGCCCUAUCAUUUCUUUCAACACACAGGCGACAUAAAUGCUCCUCCGGGUCUGGCCAAGCACGAGUUAGAUGGUGAAGGUGUCAAAUUCACAGCAGAAGACAAGCAGGAUCAGGAGCAGCCUAAAGAGAGUAAAGACAAAAAAACGAACAGUAUACAAGGUACAUGUGAUAGCGAGUCAAAGGAAUUGUGUGAUAAAUCCAAUGUCGACUCGGUGCCGCAAGAGAUUAAGACUGAAACACGGAAUAAUGACAAAAAGGAGGAGAAAAAGAGCAACGGUCAGAAGCAAGAACAAAUCGUGAUUGAAGAUCCCGAUGAUUACUUGCUCUAUCUGGAAGUUAUUUUGGGUAAUAUCUAUAAGCGCUUCUAUGCAAUAUACGACGAAACUGGAGAAAUACCCGAUCUUAAGGUACUUGUGCCCCAACUCCGGUCCGAAGUGUUGCGUGACCAACAUUUGGUCUUUUCCGGCCUGGUGCCGAUGCAAAUGAAAUUGGAGCAAUCCCGUGUAUAUUAUUUGGCGAAGUGUCUGGGCGCAGAGGUUCAUUCCAACAUUGAUAAGGAUGUGACCACCCAUUUGGUGGCCGCAAAUGUUGGCACCGUAAAAGUGAAUACAGCUAAAAUGCUGUCUCGCAUUAAAGUGGUUAAUGCCUAUUGGUUGUGGGCCUGUGCCGAACGUUGGGAGCAUGUUGAUGAGAAACUAUUCCCUUUGGACUGCAAGUCCUAUCAGGUCACGGCAGCUCGUGGCGGCCCCAGUCCCCCAGUCCAUCAAUUAGAGGGAGGCACUCCAUCGAGUAGUAAGCAGCAGCAGCAGCAGCAAAAGAAGAAGGUGGCGGAGGAGGAGGAGGAGCAGAGCAGCAAGUUUCGCGAGACUAUUAACCCGUUGUUGUUAUUCACCAAUGCGGAUAUAGAAAGUAUGAAUAAGGAGUAUAAUACAUUUUUUGAUUCUGAUGAGUCAUCAAACUCCUCUUUGGCCUCCUCCUCAACCCACGAGGACUAAGCAUUCCGCUAGAAAAUUAAAACAAAAAAGAAGUAAA